CAACAGCUUGACGCGGUGAAAUUACCGAGAAAAGUGAAUAGCAUCAUCAAAAUUUGUAUAGAAAAGCUCGAUUCUGAAUUAAAAUAGGCCCGAAAUAUCAGCAAUACAAUGAGCCGCCUCUAUGAUUCCAUUGAACCAGCAGUUAUUGAGGAAGGUAUGUUACUUCAAGCAGUUGAAGAACAAGGACCAAAGUAUGAGGCUGGAGAAAUUGUUAAAAAAGAGGGCAUUGAUUUUGAUUAUGUUCUGCAUCUCAGAUUAGAUUUCAAGAAUAUUCUGAAGAUCGACAACUUAUGGUGCUUCAUUAAACUGACCAAACUACAACUUGAUAAUAAUGUGAUUGAAAAAAUAGAAGGAUUGGAUCUACUUGUAAACCUUGUGUGGCUUGAUUUGUCCUUUAACAAUAUUGAAGAAAUUGAAGGGCUGGAUAACCUAACAAAAUUGACUGAUCUUUCUCUGUAUAAUAACAGAAUAUCAACCAUUGCAAACAUGGAUACUUUAAUGGACUUGGAAGUUCUUUCACUUGGAAAUAAUGAUAUUAAUGAUCUCCGAAUGCGAGAAAAUGCUCUCAAGAAAAUGCAAACAUCUCUUGAUGCGCUUGUUGAGUCUGAGAUAAAAAUCCAACAGAAAGAAGAAGAACAACGACUUAUGAGAGAAGAAUAUGAGAAAGAUAAGGAGGCAUAUGUAGAAAGCUUCAAAGAUGAUCUUCUUUUUACAAGCUUGUAUGCAGAUGAUGUUGAAGGCAGGAAACUGAAUGAAAUGCCUGGUAUUGCAGAAGAAAUGGUCUAUUUCAAAGCAAAAAUAUUAGCUUUGUCUAAUCAAAUCUUCAAUUUUGGCACUGUGGAACACAUCAAAAUAAAAGAUGAAGUGGAUACAUUUUGGCAAUGUGUAGAAGAUGCGAAAGCAGAGAACAAGGAUUUGUCUACUAAAGCUUUCAAUGAAUUCAUUGAAUACAAAGACAAGACGUUUGAGGACCUCACCUUUGUCACAGAAAUGUCAGAGUAUGAAAGCAAAAUGGCUGAAUUUCGCAAAAAACUUGAGGAACUGCAUGACAAACAGCUGACAUAUGAGAUGCAAUUAGUUGACCAGCUUGAGGAUGUAAUUAAAGAAUUUGAACACAAUCUUCGCGAUCUUGUUUCGGCGUUUACUGAAGGUUUCCAGGGUCUUCUGGCCAACUGCCGGGACCUUGAAAGUCAGCACCACGAGAAAAUGAUGGAAGUUGCAUUGAUAAACGUAGAAACCGUACACAAGAACGAGGUUGAAGAUGUGUCAGAAGAUUUAAGAAACUUAUUUAUGGAUAAAGAUACGCUGGUGAAUGCAGUAACGACGUCCCACGAGGCGCACUUACUAAAGAUCGACCACGAAGAAGACAAAAUGUCCCAACGAAUUAAGAUGUGGGUAAAGAAUUUGCUUAAGCGAAUCCACGACGAAGAAGAAGUCCAACGGAAUCGUGAUCGCAUCAUUGAAAUCACUAACAUGAUCGAUCAUUUACGAGAAGCCAUUGAUAACUUGGAAGGAACAGUGGGCUAGAAAUACUCAUAGAAGAUAAACAACUGCGUCGCUUUAUCGACAUACAUAGCCAUAUAAUUUUGAUAAAAAGAUAGCAAUGUUUUUUUU